AUGAUACUUAUGAUGCAGGGAAUCAAGGCCAUAGAUCAUGAUCCGCCUUUGAGACCUCUGUAUAGGUUUGUUAACUGUCCAGUAAGUCACAAUCUCUUUCGCAGGUCAGCAGAAGAGAAUUCAAUAUCAGAAAUAAAGGCUGAUGUGUUCUCCGAGAUACGGUUUCUUCGAGUUCUGCGCCUGUCUCGCAAUCGACUGUCUUCUGUUCCUGAGGCUUUGACAUACACCACCCGGCUCCAGGCAUUAUCGGUAAAAUCGUUACGCUACGAGGCUGUUCUGUUCCUGGGUUUAAGUCCUGCUCGUACUCUGUCCAAUGACGACAAAAGUUCAUGGUUGACAUCGGGAUAUCGGUACAGUUACAGAGGAAGAGCACAGGUAUGGUCAGCCUCUAAUCAGCCCUCAGCCUCAUUCCACGGCCCCAGCGUAGUAAGACAAAGGAUCUCCCCCUUAUAA